AUGCAUUGGACCACUGUUUUUAUCGCACUUAUUUGUGCCACGAAUGCUAACCCAGCUAAAGAGGAGCGCAAUGUAGAGAAACGUUUGCCGCGACCACUAGUCGGGGGUGUUUUGAGCCUUAUUGUGGACGCCAUGGCCAACAUUGUCCUCACUAUCAUCAAUACAUUGAGAGAUUUCAAUUAUAUGGCCGAAACACUUCCAGCCCCGUGGGGCACAAUAUUGGCACCCAUUGCCGGCACCGGUAACGACACUCUCGUCAAACUAUUGAACGAUUUAUAUAAAACGCUUAAACUCAUCGCCGGUGGACUCAAAAUGGUUUAA